AAAACGGUUUGUCCGUUCGUGUUCACGGCGUAAUCGGGAAAGCGGACCUUUAAUACCUGCUAGGAGUAACGAGCUUCGUGAUAUGACUUCAGACGUAACAGCACGACAACCUUCAAAGCAUGGACAAGAUCCUUUUACUUACUCAUGGCCCAUUAGAAGUUUUAAUGAACUUCUAUACCCGAAUGGAGUGAAUGAUGCGGCGAAAACUCAUAUUUCUUUGUAUCUUGUAGCAAUCCCGACACCAUACGAAAAACAAAAUAACAUUACAUUUCGGGAUAAAAUGUUUCGUCUGGAGGUAUUUAGACUUAAUCCUGAUCCUUCGUCAUCAUCAUCAGCUGCGACCCCAAUUCUAAUUCGGAAUGAGACAUUCACAAUGAAAUUCGAGUUUGAUGGACUUGAUGAUUUCGGUCGACACCGUUUUUGCUCGUUUGAUAAUUUAUUUCCGGGAGGAGAUUCAUCGACAGAUGUUGAUCUGCUAAUACGGGUGAAAAUAUUUAAUAAUGCCACUCCAGCGCCCGAAGAACCUAUUGUACCGAUAGAGUCGGAAUUUCCGUCUUUUAAACAGCAUCUUGAUGAUGGACGAUUCAGCGACGUGGAGUUUACGUUUGAUUGUGGAUUACGGAUUAAAGCUCAUCGAAUAAUACUUGCCACGAGGUCAUCGUAUUUUGAAAAACUACUUGGCGAUAAAUGGCGAGAAGGACAGAUGAAAACAAUCCCAAUCAAACAUAUGGAAUAUAACACAUUCCGCUCAAUAUUAUAUUAUUUAUAUACGGGGAAACUCGAGGAUGGAUUGGAAUUUGAUGUGCUAAAAGAUGUAUAUUCAAAAGCAGACAUGCUAAAUUUAGAAAAAUUGGAGGAAAUCGUUGCAGACCGAAUUGCAGAUAUGGUCGAUCUUGAUAAUUGGGAUGAAAUAUUAAUGUUGGCGUGGGAAGUCGGCGAUACACAUUUAAAAGAGGCUGCAUUAAAUUAUGCAGUGUCAAAAUGGACUGAUAUACGGGAAGGAGAUAACAUGAAAAGAGUUAUGGGAUGCGGCAUGCACGUUCUAGACUACAAGAUCAAUAAAUGUUUCGAUGAAAUGCAAUCGAUAAAAAUCGUGAUUGUCACGUGCAUUAAUGAAUCAAGAAAAGAGUACCUCACUGGUUACCGAGGCGAACAGAUAGUGAAUAGCGACACUAACGACGAAAAAUUUAAUCAUAAUAAUAAUGUGUCGCAUAUUGUUAGACGCGACGGAGAUCGAAUUAUAGCCAAAGAACUACAACAACAGCAGCCACCACCUCCUGUGGGGAGUAGUUCUCAGGCAACAUCGGAAGCAGAAGCUAAACAUAAAAAAAAACAACCGGAAGAAGAAGAAAAAGCAAGUGCUCGUAGUACUGGCAGUAGCCAUAGCAAUAGUGGUAAAAAUAGUGACAGCGAGUCAGAAGCCAUGAAUGUUGAACCUUCGGGAGGUGAAUACUCUUCAGAAACGAAUUCUAAUAAUAGUCCUAUUCGUGGCGGCGGCGUUGGUGUUGAUAUUCGUAAGUUCAAAAAACGAGGAAAUGCAGCAGUGAGGACUAUCAAUGAUAUUCUAAAUGUUGAUAGUAAAUCGCCACUUCCACCGGCUGAUGAAAUAACAUCAUCAUCUUCGCGAACUCCAUUGGAUGAAAAAGGAUCCAUACAUACCGCUAAUAUGUUACAUUUUGAUUCGGCCGUACCUGUCCGUGAAUAUUUAGACAAGACUGUGGUGCCAAACUUACCAAACAAUCCAUGUGAAUUUCUUGGAAGAUAUUUAAUCGAUCAUUGUGAUCAUGAGCAUUCACCAAGUGUUUCUCCAUCUAAUAAUCGACGGGGAAGUGGAUCAAGUCUUGAUAUCGGAGGUAGCGAAUAG